CCCACGUACCGUAACGAAGAGUAGGCCCCGCUCGCCACAACUAGAGAAAGCCUGUGUGCAGCAACGAAGAUCCAACACAGCCAAAAUGGUGAUCCCUCCUCUUCAGCUAGAAAAAUGACGAUGUUCAGGAACUUAAAACUUCUUCUCUGGAAGAAUUUCAUUUUAAAGAAACGAAAGACUCUGGUAACUGUCCUUGAAAUCUUGAUGCCAUUACUAUUUUCUGCAAUUGUAAUGUAUCUUCGUUUUGGUAGUUUGCCAAGAAAUAGACCUUCUUUCGACUACUGUGCAAUUGAUAUCACUUCACUGCCAGAAUUCUUCAAUCAAUAUCCUCUGAAAAAUAGAUUUCAACUAGUUUAUAUCCCUUCCAAAAGUGAAACUUUGAAGAGUAUCACUGAAAGUGUGGAAAAAACCUUUGGCGUUAAGUUUGAAGUUCUAGGCUAUCCUUCAGUACCUUCAUUUGAAAAUUACAUAAUUCAGGAUCCCAAAGCUUUCUACGUAUUGACUGGAAUUGGUUUUGAUCAUGACUUCAGUGACAGCAAGGAGCCCUUGCCACUUGAGGUUAAGUAUUACUUGCGCUUCAGUUGUUUUCAGAGGAAUUAUUUAUUCUUGAGGCUAAUACUCCAUGAAGAUGACUUUCAAGGCUGGAGUACAUCCUAUCUUUAUCCUCCUAACCUAAACCAAGAACCCUGGGACUAUGGACUUUCCGAUGGGGGAUCCCCUAGAUACAACAAAGAAGUCUUCCUGGCCAUACAGCGUGCAACAGAUAAAGCCAUUAUGUGGCACCACACUCCCAAUGAGACGACCAAGUUGUUUGAGAGUCUCAAUGUGCUUCUGAAGAGAUUCCCACCUGGAGCCUGUGUCCAGGACAGUUUCUUCCUGGUCCUUCAGAAUGAGUUCCCUCUUUUCCUCAUGCUCAGCUUCAUCUGCAUUGAGCUCACCACCAUCAAUUCCAUUGCACUGGAGAAAGAGAGAAAACUGAAGGAGUUUAUGUGUAUGAUGGGGCUGCACAACUGGCAACACUGGGUUGCUUGGUUCACCAUAUUCUCCAUUUCUGCCUUCAUUGUUGUUUCUUUCAUGACCAUUCUCUUCUGCACAAAGGUAAAUGAUGUGGCAGUGUUCAAAAACAGUGACCCUAGUUUGAUAUUUGUGUUUCUAAUGUAUUUUGCAAUUGCCACAAUUUUCUUUGCAUUCAUGAUCAGCACAUUCUUCCAAAAAGCUCAUGUUGCAACCGCCUCCAGAGGCAUCAUCUUCUUCUUCACCUACCUCCCAUACCUGUACCUCACUUUCAGCUACAACCAAAGGAGUCACUUCCAAAUGAUUGCCUUUUAUCUCCUCUCCAAUGAUGCCAUGGCACUGGGAGGCUGAUUAAUCUCCACAUAUGAGACAAAAGGCACAGGCAUCCAAUGGAGGAACAUGGGCAGUAUAGGAGGAGAGUUUAACUUCACUCAGGUGCUGCUGAUGCUACUGCUGGACUCUCUCUUAUAUGGCUUGGUGGCCUGGUAUGUGGAGUCCGUCUUCCCAGGGGUGUAUGGUACACCCAAACCUUGAUACUUCUUUCUCAUGGUGAAACCUAUAUCCCUUACGAAUUCAGUGCUGGAGUUGGGGGAUCCUCAGAAAGCUCUGUAAAGCAAGUUCAUUCAGGAAGAGCCUACUGAUUUGAUAAAAGGAAUUGAAAUCCAACCUCUAUACAAGGUGUUCUACAAGGGAAGGGAUGAACACAUGGCAGUCAAAGAUCUGACCAUGAACCUGUACCAAGGGCAGAUCACUGUUCUCCUGGGGCACAAGGGAGCAGGCAAAACCACCACCUGCGGCAUGCUCACAGGUCUUAUUUCCCCUUCAAGUGGACAGGCAUAUAUCAAUGGAUAUGAAAUUUCUCAAGACAUGCUUCAAGUCCGGAAGAGCAUGGGCUGGUGCCCCCAGCAUGAUAUCUUGUUUGAUAACUUGACUGUAGCAGAACAUCUUUAUUUCUAUGUUCAGCUGAAAGGCUUGUUGUGCCAGAAGUGCCCUGAAGAAAUCAAAUGCGUGCUGCACAUCCUCAGUCUGCAGGACAAACGGGACUCCCGGAGCAGGUUCCUGACAGGGGGAAUGAGGCGCAAGCUCUCCAUUGGCAUCGCCCUCAUCGGCAUCGCCCUCAUCGGCAUCGCCCUCAUCGCAGGCUCCAAGGUGCUGAUGCUGGACGAGCCAACCUCAGGCGUUGACGCCAUAUCCAGGAGGGCCAUCUGGGACCUUCCUCAGCAGCACAAAAGUGACCGCAUCAUCCUGCUGACCACCCACUUCAUGGAUGAAGCUGACCUGCUGGGGGACCACAUUGCCAUCAUGGCCAAGAGGGAGCUGCAGUGCUGCGGGUCAUCUCUGUUCCUGAAGCAGAAAUACGGUGCAGGAUAUUAUAUGACUUUAGUGAAAAAACCUCACUGUAAUACAGAGAAGAUUUCUCAUCUGAUUUAUCAGCACACACCAAAUGUAAUUUUCCAGUCUAGCACUGGUGAAGAAAUAACAUUUAUACUUCCUAAAGAGAGCGUGCACAGGUUUGAAUCUCUAUUUACUGACUUGGAACUGAGGCAGGAAGAGCUGGGCAUUGCCAGCUUUGGGGCCUCUGUCACCACUAUGGAAGAAGUCUUCAUUUGGUAAGCAAAGUUGUGUGACCCAUCAACCAAUGUUCUUCUUCCCUCCUUCCAUUCUCACCCGCUGGUUAGCAGAGUUCCUGUUAACAGAAUUAAACGUCUUCAUUCAAGGAUUUUCUCAAUACGGUCCAGCCUACCAAACCAACCAAACACUGGGUUCAGCCUUCUCUGCCAACAGUUCUAUGCCAUGUUCUUGAAAAGGGCUACAUAUUCUUGGUGCAACUCGAUGAUGAUGCUGUCAAUACAGAUCCUGGUACCUCUGGUGAUCCUUAUGGUCAGCCUCUCAUUCCUCAACUUCAGUACAAGCAUGGAAAAUGUCCCAUUGGAGUUGACCCUACAAACAUAUGGUCAAACUAUUGUUCCAUUCUUUAUUUCUCUGAAUUCCAGGCUGGGUCCUCAGCUUUCAGAACAUUUUACAGAUAUGCUCAUGGCUGAGGAACAGAUUCCUCUGCAGCUCAUGGGGAACGUAGAGCCAUUCCUCCUGAAAAAGUUAGAGGAGGAGCCCAAGGUCUUUGAUCAGAACUACCUAGUGGCAGCUUCCUUUGAAGACAUGGGGAACCACACCAUAGUGACAGCGCUGUUCAACAACCAGGCGUACCAUUCCACUGCCCUGGCGCUGGCACUGGUGGACAAUGUCCUCUUCAAGUUGCUUUCUGGUGCCAAGGCUUCAAUAACGGUAUUCAACCACCCUCAACCUCAGUCAAACAGGGAGACCUCGGAGAAUAUCUUGUACGAGGGUCCUAAAGGACAUUAUCUUGUUAUCAACUUACUUUUUGGAACAGCUUUCCUGUCUAGCUCUUUCUGCAACUUGACAGUCAAAGAGAGAUGCAUCAAGACCAAGCAGGUCCAGUUCAUCAGUGGCAUUUACGUGGCUACUUUCUGGCUCUCGGCUCUACUGUGGGACCUCAUCUCCUUCCUCAUCCCCACUCUGCUGCUGCUGGUGGUGUUUUUGUACUAUGAUGAAGAAACUUUUACACACCCGGAAAACAUCCCUGCUGUUGUCUUGAUGCUAAUGCUGUAUGCCUGGGCGAUCAUCCCCUUCAUCUACCUGACCAGCUUCUGCUUUGACAGUGCGGGUAGCGCCUGUGUUAAGCUCAUCAUCACGCUCACCUCUAGCAUCGGCCCCCUUGUUCUCGUCUCAGUCACAAGUGAAAAAGAUCUAGGCUACACAAAAGUCUCAGAGUCUUUGGAUCACACAUUCCUACUGCUUCCAGGCCACUGCCUGGGGAUGGCUUUCUCCAACUUACAUUACAGCUUUGAACUACAGAAGUUUUGCAAUGCCAAGAGCCUGAACCAGACUGAGUGCAAUCAAGUUUCAGAGGGAUAUGUGGUCCAAAAGAACAUCUAUGCCUGGGAGUCUCUAGGGAUGGGGAAGUAUCUGAUAGCCCUUGCCAUCUCAGGACCUGUGUACCUCAUCCUGCUUUUCCUCAUUGAAACCAAUGUCUUGUGGGAACUGAAAGCCAAGUUUUCUGGCUUCAACAGGAAGCAAAAAUUGCAGGUAGUUUUGCACAGUGCGGAGUCCACGCCUGGAGACCAAGAUGUGGAAGAAGAAGAGAAAAUGAUCGAGACCUUUUUGGAAAAUUUUUGUAAGAAAAAUCCACUGGUUCUUAAAGGAGUGUCUAAGGUCUAUGCCAAGAAGUUACCCCCACUGGCUGUGAACAAGGUUUCCUUCACUGUUCAAGCCGAAGAAUGCUUUGGCCUUCUUGGCCUCAAUGGAGCUGGGAAAACUUCCAUUUUCAAAAUGCUGACUGGGGAAGAGCCUAUCACCUCUGGGGAUGCCUUUGUCAACGGCCUCAGCAUCAGGUCUGACUUGGGGAAGGUGCGGCAGUGGAUUGGCUACUGUCCCCAUUUUGAUGCCCUGCUGGACCACAUGACGGGCAAGCAGACACUGGUCAUGUAUGCCCGGCUCCGGGGCAUCCCCGAGCACCACAUCAGUGCCUGUGUGGACCAAAUUCUUGAUGAUUUACUCAUGUACAUGUACGCUGACAACCUGGUGAAGACCUACAGCAGUGGCAACAAGCGGAAGCUGAGCGCCGACAUUGCCUUGCUUGGAGAGCCCACGGUUAUCUUCCUGGACGAGCCGUCCACUGGCAUGGACCCCGUGGCCUGGAGCCUGCUCUAGGGCACCGUCGCGAGAGCCCGCAAGUCUGGCAAGGCCAUUGUCAUCACCUCCCACAGCAUGGAGGACUGUGAGGCCUUGUGCACCCAGCUGGCCAUCAUUGUGCAGCGUCAGUUCAAGUGCCUGGGCAGCCCACAUCACCUCAAGAGCAAGUUUGGCAGUGGCUACUCCCUAUGGGCCAAGAUCUGGAGUGACAGGCAGCAGGAGGCCCUGGAAGAGUUCAAGGCAUUCGUGGACCUGACCUUCCCAGGCAGCGUCCUGGAAGAUGAGCACCAAGGGAUGGUCCAUUACCACCUGCCUGGCAAUGACCUCAGCUGGGCGAAGGUGUUUGGCAUUUUGGAGCAAGCCAAGAAAAAGUACAUGUUGGAAGACUACUCAGUCAACCAGAUCUCUCUGGAGGACAUCUUCCUGAGCUUCACCUGCCCUGUAGAAGACCACGUCGGGGUCCCCGCUCCGAGACCCCGGGCUCGGAGGCGCGGCCGGUCAGCUCAGACCUUCACUGACAAACCAUUGCAUGCCGUGGCCUCCGGUCGCCGGGACCUCUUGCCGCCGAGUCAACCGCAAUGCCUAAGCCCAGAACAGGCCAGGUCCACGCGGGCCGGAGCGGAUUCAGAGACGCCGCUGCAGCCGGCCCAGAGCCACGCUGCUUAG